AAGGUGCAGUCGAUUUGCAGACAUGGCGAGUGUAUUAUUAGGAGUGGUAGGACUGGUGUGCUUGGCUGAGGCGGCGCGCGCAACACAGUUCCCGGUGGGGUGGCGCGUGCCGGACGCAGGCGCCGAGCCGUACAACGCGUGGGCCGGGCGGAUGUGUUUCCGGACCGGUGACCAGCUCCUGUUCCAGUACCCCAAGGAGACGGACUCGGUCCUCCUGGUGGAUCAGGCCGCCUACAACGUCUGCAACACCACCACCUACGUGGCCAAGUUCGAGGGCGGCUGCACGCUCUUCACGCUCGACCGCCCGGGCCCAUUCUUCUUCAUCACCGGCAACCAGGCACACUGCAUGGCCAACCAGAAGCUCAUAGUCGUCGUCCACCCAGCCGACCACACCCCACCAACACCGACUCCUCCCUCCCCCAUGCCGCCGCCGGCGUCCCCGCCUCCUUCCAUGUCGCCUCCGCCAUCUCCGACAGGUUCGCCUCCAAGCGCUACUCCGCCUCCAUCGCCGUCUUCUUCACCGGGCACCCCGGGAGCUCCACCCUCGCCGCCGUCUUCUUCAUCGGGUACACCCCAAGCUCCAACCUCACCGCCGUCUUCUUCACCGAGUACCCCAACCUCACCCCCGUCUUCUUCGCCGGGUGCACCCCAAGCUCCAGCCUCACCGCCGUCUUCUUCACCGGGCACCCCGGGAGCUCCAACCUCACCGCCGUCUUCUUCGCCGGGUGCACCCCAAGCUCCAACCUCACCGCCGUCUUCUUCACCGAGUACCCCAACCUCACCCCCGUCUUCUUCGUCGGGUGCACCCCAAGCUCCAGCCUCACCGCCGUCUUCUUCACCGGGUACCCCAACAACUCCAGGCUCACCGCCUUCCUCUUCCCCUGGUACACCUGGAAGCGUGCCGCAGCCACCGCCUGACACGACCAGCCCACCAGGUGCAGAAGGGGCGCCUGGUACACCUGGAAGCGUGCCCCAGCCACCGUCCGACACGACCAGCCCACCAGGUGCAGAUGGGGCAAGCUCAACUAUGCCAAGCAGCGGUGUCGCUCAGGCGACGGCAGGCGUAAUAAGCACUCUUGCAGCGGCCUUUGGGUACGCCAUGCUGGCUAUCUAAGUGAUCUAUUGUGUAGUGUAAACUAGAACUAUAUACCCGCGCGUUGCGGUGGCACUACAAGAAAACAAGCAUGUAGAGACGUCUAACUUACAGGCUAGAGACACCAAAUUUUAUCUCUAGGUAGUUGUAAAGACGCUACUAUAAAGCGUUGUAGGAGCGUCUUCUUAUGCACCGUCUCAAAUACCUAUAAGACGCAUUGAUAGCGUCUCAAAAGUUAAAUGAGACGUUUUCAAAAGCGAGUUUAUGCGAAUAUAGGCGAUUUGUAGGCGUCUAACAUGUCGUCUCUACCAACAUCGUGUCGUCUCUACCAAC